UAUUCCGUUGACCCAAGUGUCUGUGUUUCUGACCAAUCACCGGGGAUAGCUCCCACGCUUAGGCCAAUCCGCGAAGAGCAUACCAUGUUCAAUCAUAGUCUUGUGUGGUACUGUGAAGCCAAAAAGGUCAUUGAUCUGGUUUUACUGUUUAUUUCGAUUAGUAGAUUGGAUCUUCGCGAACCGACAAUUCAAAUGAAAAAGCUUGCUUGAAUAGCAGCCAGUUAGCUGUCGGAUCUCACGUAUGAGGGCGUAUACGUCACUACGUCAAAUGCGCUCAAUUUUGCUUACAGGGAGAACUAAUAUGCUCAAUGUGGAAUGAGAUUCGCGAGGAUUGCGUUUCCGGUUAUUAGACGACAUGGCACCACUCUUAUAUCCCAGUCAGCAAGAGUAGUAGGAAACACGCAUGCAUUAUAUAAAGGCUGCGGAAGUAUUUCGCAAUGCUUCAUUCAGGAAAUAGUUCCUCUCUAUCUAACCAUCAAAAUGCUUAAAUCCUCUCUCAAAGCUCUAUCACUGUCCGCGCUGUCGUUUGCUUCCCUCGUCCAAGGCCAGGUCUGGAAUGCGAACAAGACUCUCAACGUCGGCUUCCUCAUCUUCCCCGGCUACGAGCCCCUCGACAUCUACGGCCCGCUCGAAAUCCUCUACCUCCUCCAGGGCUCCGCCAACAUCAGCGUCAGCACAAUCAGUUAUGAAGCCGGGCCCGUAAGCGCUGUCGUACCCACGCUUGCACAUCUGAAAGUUGCCCCACAAACCAUCGCAACACACAGCCUGGCGGAUGCUCCGGCUCUUGAUGUACUCAUCGCACCAGGCGGUCGCGGCGUCAACUACGCACUCGACGACACAAAAGACACGCGCAUCGAAGAAUUCAUCGCCUCCCGAUACGAAUCCACACCCUACGUCCUCAGUGUGUGCAACGGAGCUGCAUGGCUCGCCCGCGCGGGCGUCUUGAAAGGUCUCCGCGCUACGACUAACAAAGCGACGUGGACUUGGGUCACGGAUCCUAAGCACGGCGAAGGUAUCGAUUGGGUUCCUACUGCGCGAUGGAUCCAGAACGAGGGCGACAAGGUCUGGACGAGUUCUGGGAUUUCCGCGGGGAUUGAUAUGACGUAUGCGUUCUUGAAGUACUUGUAUGGCGCCGCGAAGAUCAAUCCCGUGAUGAACAUUAUGGAGUAUACGCCUCAUACGGAUGCGGAUUGGGAUUCGUUUUCCGUGGUUCACAAUGUUCCUGGUGCGGAUAAGAACCGGUCGAUUUCGGAUUGCGUUGCUCCGGCAGGGUACGAGCCAAAUUGCUCAUCGUGA